GCUGUGCAUAUUACCUCUCGUUUCCUCUUUCGCUCGUUUGCUAAUUUCUUUCGUUCUUUUGACUGUCUUCUUCACUCUGUUUAUGCAACUAAAAUUUUUUAGUUUUCUCAACUUCUUGCAACGAAAAGGGUAACUCAGUAAUAUAAUGGUAACUGGAGGGGUGAAACGAAAGGGAAAGAGUAGCAACUGGUACUGUGAAACUCAGAAAUUCAAAAGGAAAAAAAAAAAAAAAAAAGGCCACCAUUAGGACAUAACGUAUCACUGACAAUACUGCAAGCGGCACCAGAACGUCCCGUCGCUAUCACCUUCGUCUCCUUGUGCCGUGAAACCCGGACUAUAGUCCCCUCCGCGACACCAACUCGGCCUCUGACCUUGUUUCUUUCUUUAUUUUGUUUACAUGUUUCCCUCUCCACUCUAAUCUUUGUUGGUCUUUCUAGCUCAGUUAUUUUUUCUUUCUCUCUCUACCCAGGUUUUUUUUUUUUUUUUCUGCUUCUGAAUUGGUUUUAUUAGUUCGUUUUGAAUUAUUAUUGAUAUGCAUCGACGAAGAAUCUCCGUUCUUAUUAUUCCAUGAAAGAAAAUAAAUGUUUACAUAUAUUUGAAUUGGUAAAGUCUCAGUAAUGUCUAUCGUGCACUCGGAUUUGCCAGCAUAAUCCAUGCGCAGUCGUACUAAUGCUUGAAGUAUUGACUGAAAUAAACUUAAUAUCACAAUAUGCAGCAUGAAGAGUUUAAGACAAUGGGCAGUUGUGCUUGCACUUGGAAAUGAAGGAGAGGCAGCGUUGGAGAGCUGAAGAGGAUGCUUUGUUACGUGCAUACGUUAAACAAUAUGGUCCAAGGGAGUGGAAUCUUGUGUCACAGCGCAUGAACACACCCCUAAACAGGGAUGCCAAAUCCUGCUUAGAAAGGUGGAAGAACUACCUCAAGCCUGGUAUAAAGAAAGGAUCCCUUACUGAAGAAGAGCAGCGUCUUGUUAUCCGACUUCAGGCCAAACACGGUAACAAAUGGAAGAAAAUUGCUGCUGAAGUUCCAGGUCGUACUGCAAAGAGACUUGGUAAGUGGUGGGAAGUGUUCAAAGAAAAGCAGCAGAGGGAGCAGAAGGAAAACAAUAAGACGGUCGAACCAAUUGAGGAGGGCAAGUACGACAGGAUUCUUGAGACUUUUGCAGAAAAGCUAGUGAAAGAGCGCCCUGCUCCAGCAUUUGUCAUGGCUACUUCCAAUGGGGGCUUUCUUCAUACGGAUCCACCUGCACCUGCACAAACUUCGCUUCCCCCAUGGCUAUCAACUUCUAGCAGCAUAUCUGCUGUCAGGCCACCCUCUCCAUCUGUAACUCUAAGCCUCUCAUCUUCGGCAGUUGCAGCACCACCUCCUAUCCCUUGGUUGCAAACUGAGGGACUACUAGAUAACACUCCUCUUGUUUUAAGCAGUUUGCCACCUCAUGGAUCAGUCCCUUCUUGCGGUGAGAAUUUGGUGGUAUCUGAGUUAGUGGAUUGUUGCAGACAGUUGGAAGAAGGCUAUCGUGCUUGGGCUGCACAUAAGAAGGAAGCUGCCUGGAGGCUCAGAAGAGUACAAUUGCAGCUGGAAUCAGAGAAGUCCUGCCGGAAGAGGGAGAAAAUGGAAGAGAUAGAGUCGAAGAUCAAGGCGCUUAGGGAAGAAGAGAAGGCUUCUCUUGAUAGGAUAGAAGCAGAAUACAGGGAACAAUUAGCAGAAUUAAGAAGAGAUGCAGAAGCCAAGGAGCAGAAACUGGCCGAGCAAUGGGCAUCAAAGCAGUUGCGUCUUUCCAAGUUUCUUGAACAGAUUGGCGUGCAGGCCUAGGAUUGCAGAGCCUAAUGGCUGAUGAUAAAAUUGGUUCUAUCUAGCUGCACUAGGUUUGUGGCCUGAUUUGUCCGGUUUCACAAAGGCUGCAACGUUUAGGAAAAUUCUAUUUAUAGAUGUCUACUUAUUAUUGUCUGCUUAUGGGUCAACUAAGGUACAAUUAGCAUAACAUUCUAUAUUGUGCAUUCUCUUUUACGAAAAAUGUCAUUAUUUGACGCCAACUAUUAUUUGAAACUAAUUUUGGCCUCCAA